GCGGCGGCGGCGGCCGCGGCGGCGCUGGCCACCCCCUCCGUCCCAGCCGCAGCCUCCGGCUCAGCCCCCGCCGGCCCCGCCGCUGCUGCAGUCAGCCAUGGCUGCGGAUGGGGUGGACGAACGCUCGCCUCUGCUGUCAGCAUCCCAUUCGGGAAAUGUCACUCCCACCGCCCCUCCGUACUUGCAAGAAAGCAGCCCCCGAGCGGAACUCCCACCUCCAUAUACAGCCAUCGCCAGUCCGGAUGCCAGUGGUAUUCCAGUAAUCAACUGCCGUGUGUGCCAAUCACUAAUCAAUUUGGACGGCAAGCUGCACCAGCAUGUGGUUAAGUGCACGGUUUGCAAUGAAGCUACGCCAAUCAAAAAUCCCCCAACAGGGAAGAAAUAUGUUAGAUGCCCUUGUAAUUGUCUCCUCAUUUGUAAGGACACAUCGCGGCGAAUAGGAUGUCCAAGACCUAACUGUAGACGCAUAAUUAACCUUGGCCCAGUAAUGCUUAUUUCUGAAGAACAACCAGCUCAACCUGCAUUGCCAAUCCAACCAGAAGGUACAAGAGUUGUAUGUGGGCAUUGUGGAAACACGUUCCUGUGGAUGGAACUGAGGUUCAACACUCUGGCAAAAUGCCCACACUGCAAAAAAAUCUCUUCUGUAGGUAGUGCACUUCCUCGAAGACGCUGCUGUGCUUAUAUCACCAUCGGAAUGAUCUGUAUUUUCAUUGGUAUCGGAUUAACUGUUGGCACACAAGACUUUGCAAGGCGAUUCCAUGCAACCUAUGUUUCUUGGGCAAUUGCAUAUCUCUUAGGUUUGAUCUGCCUUAUCCGAGCUUGUUACUGGGGAGCCAUAAGAGUCAGUUAUCCAGAACACAGUUUUGCAUAGGCUGGCCUCUGAUUCGGUGAUGGCAGGUGAGAGUGUCUCACAGUCUUUGAUAAGCUACUCUGGACAUGUUUAAAUCAUUUAUCCUAAUGGAUUCCAUCCUGGUUUAUGUAUACUAGUUUCAAGACUUUGGGAGUCUUUUCUGGACAAAUGCUCAUUGCACUAUGUUAUAUGCAAAUUGUUUUGCUGCUAGGUUUUCAAAUUCACAAAAAUAAAGCUGUGUUUUUAUGUUAUUUUAAUCUAUUAAAGAUACUUUCAGAUUUGUCACUAAACACCAUAUAUUACCCCUUUGCUAUGGGUCUCGAUCAUUAUUCCAUGACUUGCCAAUCUGUGACUAUUCCCAAGAGGUAUUUAUAAAUGUUUCUACAAUAGUUUUGCAUUUAUAAUUAUGUUUUAGUUAAGCAGUAUUAACAUUGCUUGCUUUUAAAACAAAGCAAUAUGCAUUAUUUUUGCCUGAACUGCUUACAGCAAUUUAAACCUAAGAUUAUAAUGACCUUAUUCAGGAAAAAAAAAUUGAGUGUACUUUCAAAAACUUGGUAUUCUUGUCAGAGAAACAUUUCUAGAUACUGUAUGCUCAUUUUGUCUUGUUUGUAGAAAGAUAAAAUAUUUUGGUAGUAAUGUAAAAUACAAGAAUGAAAAAUAUUUAUUUG